UGACAAUGGUGAUCUUUGAACACUGUCAUCAUCACUGUGCUCUGGACUCUGUGUGUGUCUGAGCCACAUGAAGUCCAGCAGCUUGAAAGUUUCCAAACUGCAAAACUCGGUGAGACUGUGGUGAUCAAAUGUUCAACCAGAAAUAUUUGGAGACGUAGAGUGUGGUACAAACUGGACACCAACAGGAGUCUACAACUGCUCGCAUCAACAGUAAAUUUCCCUGAGACAAAAGCUGUAAAUCAUUAUUUAGUUCAAAGUUCUUCUGAUGAAACCACUUUGACCAUAAUGAACAUGACAGCAGAGGAUGUCGGCACGUACUACUGUGGAAUAGUUCGCUCAUUUAAUACUCUUUUUGGAUCAGGCACUGUUCUGAAGUUUGAAGGAGAGUCAAAGCUCAUGCAGUCUGUGCUCCAGAGUCCAGACUAUAUCAGAGUGCAGCCAGGAGACUCUGUGACUCUCAGCUGUUCAUUUAACACCAGCCUCUGCUCUAAAGAUCACAUCAGUGUCACCUGGAUUAAAGAUUCUGCUUCUGAAACGAUUUCCUGGAACAAUAUCAAUGAGGUUGUGUGUGACAUACACUCAAACACUGAAGAAACUUCAUGUGUUCAUAACUUGACCUUGGCCAACAUCACAUCUACAGCAGAUGGAAUCUACCUGUGUGUGGUGACUGUCUGUGGACACAUGCAGACGGGGACAGGGACCAGGAUGCUUGUGCACGGUGGUGACGUGUCUGAUCUGUCCAAGUUUAGCCCGACUGUCAUCGUCUUGACUGUGCUGAACGUUGUUUUCUGUGUGACUGUGGUCGUCCUGGUGUGGCUGGUUUACAGAUACAGGAAGAAUCAACAUACAGAAGGAUCUUGCUGUCAUGGCUCCACUCAUGAUGAACAGACUGAAGAGGAGAUUACUUAUGCAAGAGUGAAUGUGGUGCCCUUGAGCGCCUCCUGCAGGUCAGCCUCAGUCACGCCCCGACAGGACCCGGUGGUUUAUUCUGAAGUGAAGAAUCGACAGGACCAGCUGCCAAAAUCUUAUUAA